AUGUCUGCUCACAAAUACUUGACUCCGGAACCGGUGCGCUACGAUCCCGCCAUCGACCCCAACAAUAUGUCCCAGUACGCCCCCAAGGAUUAUCGUGCUGUCCCCGUUUACGAGAAAGUGUGCAAUACUCACGGUGCGACCGGGGAUCGUAAGCAGGAGGCCAUGUUGCCUAAAUACUUCGAGGCAAUUGGUGACAUCGAGUCUUUGGGUCCGGCCCCACCGUACAAACAGGAAUGCGACAGCGAGGGCACCCAGACGGCAGGGAGAAGAGUAAAAAACACUAGGCUAAUUAAUGCUCUGCACUUCUCCGUCUACAUAUUGGUGGUUGUCCUCAUACAGGCGGGUUUUAUUUGGAAGGCUGUGGAGUCGAGAAGUACAACCACGACCAUACAGUGA